GUUUAGCUGUAGCUACUAGCUUCAUGCUGUUUAGUCUGAAUUAGAAACUCCUCCGGAGAGGAAUGCAACACUGCUAGCUCACCGUCCUAGAUCUGCAGACAUUUGCUCCCGUCACAGGCAUCGAUAGAGUCAGCUCACCAUGGCUGGCUUCAGGCAAGAGGAUGUUGAGCUGUAUUAUGAGAUGGGAGAGGAGUUGGGAAGUGGUCAGUUCGCCAUCGUCCGUAAGUGCAGGGAGAAGAGUUCAGGCGCCGAGUACGCGGCCAAGUUCAUCAAGAAGCGUCGGCUGUCGUCCAGCCGCAGAGGGGUGAGCCGCGAGGAGAUCGAGCGCGAGGUCAACAUCCUGCGGGAGAUCCAGCACAGCAACAUCAUCACGCUGCACGACAUCUUCGAGAACAAGACGGACGUGAUCCUGAUCCUGGAGCUGGUGUCCGGAGGGGAGCUGUUCGACUUCCUGGCUGAGAAGGAGUCUCUGACCGAGGAGGAGGCCACGCAGUUUCUCAAGCAGAUCCUGGACGGCGUCCACUACCUCCACUCCAAACGCAUCGCUCACUUUGACCUCAAGCCUGAGAAUAUCAUGCUGCUGGACAAGAACGUCCCCAACCCCAGAAUAAAGCUGAUUGAUUUUGGGAUCGCUCAUCAGAUCAAAGCAGGAAACGAGUUCAAGAACAUCUUUGGAACUCCAGAGUUUGUCGCUCCAGAAAUAGUCAACUACGAACCUCUUGGACUGGAGGCAGACAUGUGGAGCAUCGGAGUGAUCACAUACAUCCUGCUGAGCGGAGCUUCACCGUUUCUGGGCGAGACCAAGCAGGAGACGCUGACCAACAUCUCAGCUGUCAACUACGACUUCGAUGAGGAGUAUUUCAGCAACACCAGCGAACUGGCUAAGGACUUCAUACGCCGCCUGUUGGUCAAGGAUCCAAAGAAAAGGAUGACAAUUGACGACAGUCUCGAGCACCCCUGGAUCAAGAGCUUUACAUUAUUCCCCCUGCAGGUUAUUAAGAGGCGGAACGUGCGCCAGGAGGACCGGGACCACAAGCCCGAGCGCCGGCGCCUGAAGACCACCCGCCUGAAGGAGUACACCAUCAAGUCCCACUCCAGCAUGCCUCCCAACAACACCUACGUCAACUUCGAGCGCUUCUCCCAGGUGCUGGAGGAGAUCGCGGCGGCGGAGGAGGGCCUGAAGGAGCUGGAGCGCAACCAGCGCUCGUGCCGAGAGGACGUGGCGGCGCUGCUGUCCAUAUACGAGGAGAAGGAGGGCUGGUACAAGGAGGAGAACCAGAGCAUCUCCACCGACCUGAGCCACAUCCGCCAGGAGCUGCAGCGCACGCAAGCCCAGCGCAAGAAGUGCCAGGAGGACGCCCGGUACACCAUGCAGUCGGCCGGCAUCCUCAAGCGCAAGUUCGGGCGCCUGGAGAACCGCUACGACAUGCUGGCCGAGCAGGUGGCCUCCGAGGUCCGCUGGGUGGAGGAGCUGGUCAAGUCCAUAACUGCAGAGAAGGGCGCGCUGAGCUCCGGCAGCAGCAUGCCCUGAGCCGGGUCAUCGUCCAGCAGUGACAUUAUUCAUCCUCCCUCCUUCCUCCUUCCUCCGUCUUCUCUGCUACAGUGGAGUUUGAGUGGGUCAGUUGUCAUCAUAAGCUACGCUGCUGCUGCUGCCCCAUCAGAAAAAAAAACAAAACAACUCCACUAUUUUAAUGCUGGAGAAGCAGAGACGCAAUCUGAUAAAGCCAUUCCCCCCACGAAAAAGGUCCAUUCCUAUGUUUUAUAAAGUAAUUUAUGGUUUUAGCGUUUUUUUAUGUUUUGUAAUUCAACAUCUACAUUGGCUUUUUUUUUUUUUUUUGCUUUUUUUUUAUCUUAUGUGCUGAUGGAUUUCAUUUUCUUAGCCUAAUUAUCAUUUUAAAAACUUAAUUUCUUAUUGAUUCAUUACGUAGGCAUUUGCUCAUUUGUUCGCGCCUCGCGACGCUACGCGAGAAAGCGGCGCGCAUCAUCGGGUUUUAUCGGGUUUUGCGAGGCGUUUCGGGUUUAUUUAUUUAUGCAGCUAAAUGCGUUUGUUCAGAUUUGAUUUGAUAAAAUUCUCAACUGUGAACAAUGCAAUAAACUCUGAGCUCAGAAUAAAAGAAAGUUCAACGCUUUAUUUUACAGAUUCUUGAACGUUUCCUGGUAAAAUUAACUCAGAUUUGAAGGUGCUCCGUUUUCAUUUGAUUACUGGAAACUGUGUUUUUAGACACAUGUUACAUGUUUAGCUUUCCUUCUGUCCUCUCUAUCCGACGCUCCUAUGAAUACAUGUUGUUUUUUUACCAGGAAACUUUUCUGUAUUCUUGGCCUCGUAAAGCCGAGUGUCACCAGCUUAGUGAAGGUUGAAGCCUUUGUCUCUGCAGUGCCUGUAAACUGAUCGACCCUUAUUGCCUCUGUGAGCACUCAUCUGUCGUCAGGUUCGCCACAUUUCUAUCACACUGAUGCUGCUCGAUGUCUUAAAUCGCUACGACCUUUGCACAGUAGCCUUGAAAAAACCAAAUAUAGGUGCAUGUAAAACGCGUCUGUCCCUCCGUCUGUUUGUGUUCAGCACACAAAACUUUCCAUCUGUGAGUUUCACAUCCAGCCGACACAUUCCCUGUGUAUAGCAUAGAAAGCAUAUUGUGUAGUCGUUUUUUUUGUGGUUGUUGUUUUCAGUAGAGAAAUGUAUUCAUUUGCACUUAAAGGAUAUUUAGCAGUGUUCCAAAAUAAAAUGAAUCUGUCUCUUAAUGUCAAAAAAAAAAAAAAUAAAUAAAAAUCUGUAACUGUUCAGGUUUGUUUCAAAUAAACUCCUCACUGAGACAAA